AUGAGUCAAUUCCGGGAAACAACUCAACUCGGACUCCAUGAUGACGCCGCCUGGGCACCACACGCCGCCGCAUCGCCAUUGUUCUUCCGCUACAUAAAGACCGGCCUGCGCGCCCCAUGUCACUCCCAAGAAAUGAGUGGCAAGCAGUCCCUUUCUGCUACCAACCUCGCCGUCCAUCAACAUCUUAACUGUGAUCUCUAUAUCCACAACGUUUACCAUGGUGCAGCCGCGACUUCAACGACUACCCCUGAGACAGGGGCCUCAAGUCCCUCCGAGCUUGCAAAGGCGCAAUACAGGCGUGGAAUCGACUGGGAAACGGCACUUUACGACUGGUUGGAUCGCUCUCAGCUGCUUCUCAAAGUCCCGUCAAUCCCGCUAGAGGCCGACAGCUUGCUCGAGAAUAUUGUAGCUGACGAGAGGAGUCACUUCUUCAUCACCGGUUUGGCUUUUUGGCCGCCCCAGUCCAAGCUGGCCCUGAGGUUUGUUGAGGCAAAAACCAAACCAAUCAAAUUUGGACUUGCCAAACCUGAUCUCCUCGAAAUCAAGCGAACUGAAGACGGCGUUCGAUGGAGAGUCAUCGAUGCUAAAGCUUCCAAGCAUGUGAAGACCUCUCACCACAUCCAGAUUUAUUUCUAUACCCUCUGUUUGAACACUCUUCUCAACGAUCCCUUUUUCCAUGGCUCAGAAACUGCUGGUGUUUGGCUUCCUCCCAGAGACGGUUUUCAUACUGCCUCUCCUUCUCUCGAAGACAUCAAGUCCAUAUCUAUGUCGCUCCUGGCCCCAGCUCUAGACGCCCUCCUCUUUCGCGACCUGCCUAAGGUCAUCAUAUUAUCACGUGAAGAGGUCAAAUGGCAUUUCAACCCUUUGUGCAAUGGAUGCCGAUACGAACAGGAUUGCAAGUCUCGAGCGGUGGAGGACGGUGAGCUGGGAAGUAUGCCGAACAUAUCUAUAGACGAUGCCAGAAUCGUGAAAGAUCUCUUGCGACUUGCUCGUGUAGCUGCCCCGACGAAAUUAGAUGGUCGCUUCACAGAUAUUGAGGAGCUUCACACCCUGGUUGCCACGCCUCAUAAGCUUGAACUCAUCGCCAAAGCCUCGCCAAGCGUCAUCAAGAAGGCUGAACGGAUCCUAGCGCUCCAGAAGAAACGUCGCAAUAAGUCUAGUGCAAUUCAGAGCCCAAUCGUUGAAGCUGCUCGAACAAAGAACAUCCAAGUUGUUCCUCGUCGCAACUACACUUGCCCUACUCGAGAAGACGUUGCAGUCGUCAUCUCAAUCAUCAAUGACCCUUCCUCGCCUACCUCCGGCGGAGACUAUUUCCACGUAACGACAUACUGUAGGAAACCUGUGGCCAACCUACCAGUGAUGACCACCUGUGGAGGGGCCGAUUUUAUCCCUCAAUUGGCGCAACUGAUACGCUCGCUCGAAGCCCUCCAAAAUAGUAAGAGUUCCUGUGGAUUUACGACACAAUUCUACGUCUGGUCCUGGGGGGAGCAAGCACUUCUUCAAGGCCACAUCAUCAGCGCAGCUCUAACUACAUCAGACAACGAAUCUGACAUUCGGUUAUGUAUCGGCGCCCUUGCCCAAGGAGCGUCGCUCUUGCAGACAACCUUCCAGCCACUCUUACUCUCCGGCGCUCUCAUUGGAUUCUUGAGCAAAGGAAGAAGACUCAAGGCCGAACUCAAAGCUUGUCUAGAUAGAAUGGACCUUUCCACAGAGGGCACAGUCGACGUCCUGCGCAAACGCAUCGAUAACAAGAUUCGGAAGCUUCAGGAAGAGGCAGGGGCGACGAACUUAAACAGUGACGAGCGCCGAAAGGAAUUCGGACAGCUUCCAAGAGUGGUCGUGCUGAAGAAGGAAGUCGAGCGGCAGCUCGCGCUGCCCAUUCCAGGCUACUGGGACUUGCCUGAGUGCGUUUCUAUGCUUUUGGGGCCGACGGAGUCGUGCCCCAGCGAUGAGGAGAUUUUUGCGGCAUACAAGAAAGAAGGUGGAGAUGACGCCUCAAAAGAGCUCCUCCAACGCAGAAAUCGAUUUAUUUAUCGUGUCUUGACGAAGUUCAGAACUCUCGCCGUCUCGUCUACCGGCCAUUCGCUUUUCGUCAAUCGGGCAAAAGUUCUGUUAACGAAGUUCAUGGAUUUCUGCAAAGAGCCGCAUAUACGCAAGUUAUUCUUCAUGCAGCAAUUUGAAGUCCUUGCAAAGUUGACUGAGCUCUGGCAAUCUCGCAUCGACAGUUGUUCUGAGGCACCGACUCUCGAGUACAUAGGUCCCAGUCAAGGCCCGAAUGGCAUGGAGCAUAUGUUCCGCGUCGUGUCAGGAACCGUCGAUGUUCCUGCAUCAGACAGAGACCAUUCCUUCUUCGACAAGCUCCUCGUCCUCGACGCCGCGGAUUCUCCCAACGACGAGAGUGGUGACAGUCUCCCCCCCGAAGCUCUGUUUGAUGACCUAUGUGUAUCUGGUCUGGUGUUUCCGCUGAACCGUUACACGAAAGCUAGUUGGAGUCAACAAGACGCUCGAGUCCAACAGGAGCUCUAUUUGGCCGACGUCCGGAAUGUGUUCACCGACACAGCUGGUCGUGGUAUCCAGGUAGUCAUGAGAACCUGGAGUACGACCGAGACACCUCUGCAGCGCGGCGCCGUUUACCGCCUGUCUCCUCGGCAUGUAGAUUUUAACACGACUAAGAUCUUAUCGGCUCUAUUCGAGUUGGACCUUUGUUGGGAAUCCCAGGGUGAUUUGUACGAUGGAGAUGAAGACGAUGCUCCUCAUCACUUCGUCCCGUUCCUGCAGCUCAUUCUGGAUCCAAAUUCUCUCGGCAAGAUUCCAGCGGCAAAGCAGUAUGUCAAGACCGAGAAUGAGAUGCAGAAGCUAUUCCGUGACUUAAAGGGCUUGGGCAAUGACGUCGCGGGACCUCUCGUCCUGAAAGCUUCGCAACACCGUGCGACGCAGAGGAUAUUGUCGAACCGGCUUUCUGUCAUAUGGGGUCCUCCUGGAACUGGGAAGACAUAUACAGUAUCUUUAUCCCUCUUGCGUCUGAUCGAGGUUGAACGUCGACGCUGGGGCCCUCGUCCGAAGAUCGUCUUCAUCACAGCUAUAACGCAUGCUGCCAUCGAGGCUUGCCGUAGCAAACUUGUCCGCCUGAUGGAUGCCUAUCGAGGUAUAGACUCGUUACCGAAUGAGUGGCUUGAUGAUGUCAUGAUCGAGGUCGUCAGCAGAGGAAACGACCAUCCUGCACCCCGCAAGACAGGCACUUUGGUUCAGAUAUAUGCUGGCACUAUUUAUCAGCUUUCAAAUUUCACGAAGAAACAUACAAUGGAAGUCGAUUGUGUCAUCAUUGACGAAGCAGGCCAAAUUUCAUUAGGCUCAAUAUCCCUUGUCCUUCGCUGCCUUAGUGAUGAAGGACGGAUCAUCAUUGCUGGGGAUUCUGAACAGUUGGCUCCGAUUUUGAGUGCGCAAUACCCUUUGCUCAAAUCUCAUUCACUGUUCGGGUCUGUAUUGGAUUGUCUUAUGUUUUCGCGACCGUCCGAGAAUGCUCGUCCGCCCUCCCCAAGUCCUGGAGCCGAUGCUGAGCCCGCCUCGUCUCAAGGAACCAUCGUUCAACUGACGGAGAACUUCCGCUUGAAUCCGGACCUCGGUGAAUUUGUUUCAACCAUAUACUCUCGUCAAUUUAAGCCUCAGAAGGUUCAAGCUCGACAGCUCGCUAUAGCUCUGCGAACGGUCGCAAACUUCAAUGGAGCACAGCUUGGAAUAAGAUCUACAAUCUUCAACCCCAUCCAGAAGUUCCUUACUGCACUCUCAGACGUCAUGUUUAACCAACCUCAGAGCGUGCUGGUUGCGCCCGAAGUUCACUCUACCACACCAACAACCCUCCUUGCUGGAACUUCGGACGUUGCAUUGACGCAUCGGCCAGUGUCGCUGGCCUUGGUCCGACUUAGGACAUGGUCCGCUCGGACGCCAAACAUCGCUUACGAGGUGCAUGUUCGUGGCGAGGCAGCCGUAGCGGCGGCUCUGGUCGUUUCGCUAAGGAAGUGUUCUCCCAAUGACGAUAUCUUCGUUGCGACGCCGCAUCGCAUUCAACGCGAAGCUGUAAAAUCUGCCCUUGGAAGAUCGAAGGUUUUUGAUGACCCACUCGAAGAUGCUUUUGAACACCUGGAAAUUGGCGCCAACAAACCCAAAGCAAGACCUAGAGUUACAGUAGACACAAUAGAACGCCUCCAGGGCUCAGAGGCUGCCUUUGUGAUAUGCUUGUUUUCUCUCCCGAAAGCCCUGACCUCCGACCUUGGUUUCUUGCUUGAAAGGAGGCGUUUGAAUGUUGCCAUUAGUCGUGCAAAGACGCUGUGCAUUUUGAUUAGUUCAGACGAGGUACUAUAUCCUUCGGUGAAAGUGCUUGCUAAUGAGGAAACAGCAAAAGGAUAUGCGUUCUUGAAGGCAUACCAGAAGAGAGCUUGGUCUUACCAGCUUCCAGUCAAAAUUGACAAUUUCACAUAA